GAUUCCAGUUAUUCCUAAUAGAAAUAAAUAUUGUAGUGUAUUUAUUUUGUUUUAAGACAGCCCAGAUGACUAAAAAAUAAAUUGAUAGACAUCACCAUACUUCCCCAGUUGAUUUAUUACAUUGCACAUUUUUUUUUGUAUUACAAGUUUUAUUAAAUGUUAAGUUUAAAUAUGCAAAUGAUGCAUUAUCUAAUAUUCAUGCACUAAUUUUCCAUACACCUAUAGAACAAAAAUCUGAACAUUGCAUAAAGACAGGUUCAGCAUUUUUUCAUUUAGUUGACAAAUUAGACAAAGCAUAGGGCAUUUGAAUAUCUCUUUUUGUCAACAGCCAGAAAAGCAAAAACAUUUUCACCAUUGUUUUAGGAAUUAUAUGUAAAUCAGCGAUGCUGAGCUCUCCUAACACUGGCAUGCAGGCUCCGCUGGGCCCCGUGGGCACGAGUCAACCUGCUGCACCCGCCAUGAGCAGCGGCACACACAUAGACCCCAGCUCUAUGCAGAGGGCAUACGCAGCACUGGGCCUCCCGUAUGGGAACCAGCCGGCUCCACAGACACAGGUCCCAGGACAGCAGCCCACACAGAACCAACAGAUGCGCUCCAUGUCUGCAUUAGGCACUAACCAGAUGAACAUCGGCGGUAACGGUAUGACCGAUCAGACGAGCCUUCACACUGAUUCCUCUCUCCCCUCAUCCCUCAGCAAUCAGAUGAUGUCAGACGGGUCGAACAUGGGCAUGACGGGGAACCUGCCCACAGCUGCGCCGCUGUCAAUGCCUGGCAUGAAGAAGCCCUGGCACGAGCACGUCACUCAGGACUUGAGGAACCACCUAGUGCACAAGCUAGUUCAAGCCAUAUUCCCGACCCCAGACCCUGCAGCACUGAAGGACAGACGCAUGGAGAACUUGGUGGCUUAUGCACGCAAGGUGGAAGGGGACAUGUAUGAGUCUGCCAACAGCAGGGAUGAGUAUUACCACUUUCUGGCUGAGAAGAUCUAUAAGAUCCAGAAGGAGCUGGAGGAGAAGAGAAAGUCCAGGCUGUCGAAGCCCCAAAUGGGUGCCCAGGGUCCUCAGCAGCCUGGUCUUCCCCAGCCCAACGCUAUGGGACCUGGACAAGGCAUCCGGCCUCCAAAUGGACCUGUUCCUAUGUCCAAUGUGCCAAAUCAGUUGAUGGCCCGGAUGCAGGUCCCUCAAGGAAUGGGACAGUUCAACCCCGUGACCAUGCAGAACGUGCAGAUGUCCCAGUCACCGGUGGGAGCUCCUCGGGCUGCGUCCCCUAUGACCCACCCUCCUCAGAUGGGCAUGGGUGCUGUUCCACAGAGGGGUAUGUCUCCCUCUCGGAUGCAGCAGACACCAGCCAUGAUGGGAGGCCAUCCUAACAACAUGGUGGGCCAGCCGCCCAACCAGAACCAGUUCAUGAACCAGACGCCAUUCCCAACCUCAGCCGGAGGCAUGAAUGUGAAUGUAAACCCGGCCCAGCAAUCAGGACAGACUGUCCCACAGCAGCAGCCGAACGCUAACCUGACCCUGAAUUCUGUGGGCCCUCUGGGCUCCCAAUCCGCCCUGUGCUCCACCCCUCCUCCGCCCUCCGCCUCCACCCCAGCAGCUGCCGCUAGCCUACAGCCACUCCAGACCCAGCCUUCCACGCCGGCCUCGGCCGGGGGCCACGUCACGCCCACCCACAUCCCCAGUGGCUUGCCUCGCCCUCCCUCAGUCCUGGGCUCCUCUCCUGCCCCCUCCCAGCCGCUCACGCCCCUGCAGUCCCAGCCCGAGCCCUCCCUGCAGAUGCAGCAGCCCACCUCUGUGCAAGCACAGCAGCCCAGCACUCCGCUCUCUCAGAUGUCCGCUAGCGUUGAUAAUAGAGUCCCCACACCUGCAUCUGUGAAAGAGGCCCACUCCCAGCAUACUUUGCCACCUGACUACCCUGCUGCCGAACUCAAAACCGAGCAUCAAGAAGACGAGCAGGACUAUGAGUCUGGGAAAAAGCAGCCUGAUCUCAAGAUGGAGGAUGAAGAUGUCAAACCUCCUGAAGUUAAAGAGCAGCCAGAGUCUGUAGAAACUAAGCAGGAACAGAUGGAGACGGAGGAGAAGAAACCAGAGAUAAAGACCGAGCCAAAAGAGGAGGAAUUGUCCAGCACCAACAGCACUACACCAUCCAGUCAAUCUGCCCAGUCUCGCAGGAAAAUUUUUAAGCCAGAGGAGCUCAGGCAGGCGCUGAUGCCUACAUUAGAAGCUCUGUAUCGUCAAGACCCAGAGUCCUUGCCCUUCCGCCAGCCGGUGGAUCCCACUCUACUGGGCAUCCCGGUAAACCCCAUACACCUAUUUACUGGGCUGAUAUUUUAUGGGUAUCUCUUCAAAUGUUCUAAAUAUAUUAGAAAACAAACUUUAAAAAAAAUUGCUGUUGAUUUGGCCUACUAA